CAUGUUCCAGUUUUGUAUACUUCAUUGUUGAAAGAAGUGACAACUAUGCUUAACCCCAUGAUCGCAGACUUGGAUCGAUUAUAUGAACUCAUGGAUUCCACUCACCAAGGUUCAUCUCAACUAAUUAGAGAUUUAAGAGAGGAGCUUAAGACUGAGAUAGACAAGAAGGAAUCAGAGAAAGAGGUUGAUACGGUCGAAUACUGGAAGAGGAAGGCGUUACGCUUGGAGAAAUCUUUGGAGGAGAGUAGAGAGAGCCGGCUGAGAUUGGUUGAGAGUUUGAAGACUAUGGAGACUCUCAAGACAGGUGAAUGUUUCUUGAGUUUCAUACUUGAGAACUCACCUUUUAUUAUGGGACAUCAGGAUCAAGAUUUACGGUACAUGUUCAUAUUCAACCAGUUUCCUAGUUUGAAGGAAGAGGACAUUCUUGGGAAAACAGACUCUGAGAUUUUCAAUGGCAAUGGGGUUAAAGAGUUUGAAGAAUUCAAGAGAGAGGUUCUUGAGAAGGGAAAAGCUUCAAAGAGAGAGAUCACAUUUGACACUGAUUUAUUCGGAUCAAAGACGUUUAUGAUCUUUGUUGAGACUGUUUACAGUAAAACUGGCAAGAAAGUGGGCAUAAAUUACAUUGGGAUGGAAGUAACUGAUCAGGUAAGGAAGAGGGAAAAGAUGGCAAAACUUGGAGAAGAUAAUGCAGUUAGAAAGGCAAUGGAAUCAGAACUUGGAAAGACCAUUCACAUUACAGAGGAGAUGAUGAAUGCAAAGAAGAUUCUAGCUAAAAUGUCUGGUGAGUUAAGAUCACCAUUGUUGGGGAUUGUCAGCAUGGCUGAUAGAUUUUCUUCCAUCACAAAACUUGAUGAAGAGCAAAGACGUUUGUUGAUUGAAAUGAUAUCGUCUGCCGGUUUAGCACUGGAGAGAAUAAACGAGUUUCUUGAUCUCUCUGAGGUUGUAUCAGGUAGAAAGAAACAUUCAUUCCAAAAUAUUUUUGUAUUUUUUAUUUUUGAAGUUCUCUUUAUUCAUUAUUUGAUAAAAGUCUCUAAAUAGUUUCAAUUAAUGUUAACAUCAUGAGAAAAAAAUAAUAUCAAGUGUUUGCUUGUUUCUCAAGAAAUCUUUUGAGAAAUUUUUGUCUUUUACAGGUUGAGAUUAUGGGUGGUCAAUUCCCAUUGACAAGUCAAGUCAGCGCUCGUUCAGUACUGCACUACUACCUCUACAAAGUUGACCACACCACAUGAUGAUUCACUAUAUAAGAUGCCACUAAAUUCCAUGAUUAAAAUGGGACUUAGUUCUCAUCUAUAUAUUCUUAAAACUAAAAUACAUUUUGGUACUGUUUGAAAAUAUAAAUAUUAGUAUAAAUAAGAAUUGUUUGAAAAUAUAAAUAUCAAUAUUUCUAGUAUUUUUUUAUUUGUACAUUUAGCCAUUAUAUUUAUAAUAAAUUAAAUUUUUUUUUUCGUGUUUUUUUUUAUUUACAGAUUAUACCACUGUAUUUAAAAUCAAUUUAAAUUAAUUAAUUACAAUUCCAAAGAUUAUCUAACCAAAUCGAUAUUCAUAUAUUGACGAUUAUUAAUAUUGUACGAAUAUUAAUAAGUUUACUUUAAUAUGGGGAAACAAUUCUUUUCAUUUUUUUUAAAUUUAGUAUUACCUUAUUUAGUGAGUCAAAUAUAAAAUUCCAGAGUUCAAUUUUGAAGAAAAAAAUAUAUCAUAAAAUGAAUAAUAAUUCAUAGAAAACUAAUGAAAAAAAUAUUGUUUUUAGUACGCUGUUUCAUUUUAAAAUAAAAUAACAAAAAAAACAGGUUAAUAUAUGAACAGUACAAUUACAUUAAAAUUGCAUUUAAUUAUAAAAUUUUAAUAUAAUAUUAUGUACAAAUAAAAAUAAUAUUAUCAAGCAUCUAUAUUAUAAAAUAAUGCAUUAUACUAUAUAUGUAAACUACAAAACAUAAAAAAUAUACAAGAAUUUUUUUAUAAAACCAGCGGUUUAUAAAUUUACGUUAAACAUAACAAGUUAAAUCAAACACCCGCGCGCAAGUUCUAGUGUUACGUUAAUGCUGAUUAAUGUUGUGUUACGUUUAAAGAAUAGUUAUAUUCCUUUUAACUUUAAAACUACAUCUUAAAAGCCUUGGCAAUAAUAAUUAUUUGUUUUUUUUUUGGCAUAAAUUUUGGUAGUGAUAUACCAUUUAUUGUGUUGUGAUUUUCAGAUACUAGUUUUGGAAGAAUAUUGAUCUGUAAUCUGUUAAUAAUGAAAAAGAUUCAUACGAAUUAAUAUUCACGUGAUUACAAAAACCUUAUUAAAAACUAAUUUGAGAAAUAUAUAAUACAAAAGAUCCAUAUGAUGUCUUAUAAGGUUAAUAUAGGAUAUGUUUCUAUAACACCUUACAAAAUACAGAUCAGUUUCCCCAAUUACUGUUAAACUUUUUAGAAAACCCCAUUUAUGGCCCCAUUUUUUCUUCUUCCUCUUCCCAAAAGUCCAAAACAAAUAAAUCUAAUUAAGAAACAAAUAAUUAUUUUACACGACUGGCAUAUAAUUUUAGAAGAAAUUUUUUUAUUAGUAUUUUCAUUUUUGGAUAAAACCAUUUCUCACAAAAAUGGUUUCUCUAACAUAAGAUCAAAGCUAAAAAAUAUCUGUUUACAAAAAAAGAAAAAGCUAAUUUUU